UUAAAGAGGAAAAAAAUCCCUUGAUCUCAUGAAGCCCUGUACUCUUAUAUUCCAUUUAUAGCUCUAGCUAGAAUGACAUCCCCCUUGAUUAUCAGGCUGUCCAAUCCAGCUGCAUGUGUCAGGACUGUAUGAGGCACUAAGUGAAAUAUAUAUAUGCCCUUACAGGGUUUAGCACGUCGGGUCCACCUCCAGGGUACAGGCUGUAGCUCAUUCUGACCACUGCUCCUCUCCCAGGAAUCACUGCUCAGUGGUUUUUGCUUGGUGGUUUGUUGGUUGUUUUUUUUUUUAAACUUUUUUUAGGGCACUUUUACUUUCCAGUUGAAGCAACACAAAAUGGCACCAAAGAAGGACGUAAAGAAGCCGGCGGCAGCUGCGGCCCCAGCGCCGGCGCCGGCGCCAGCCCCCGCGCCAGCCAAGCCCAAAGAGCCCGCCAUCGACCUCAAGAGCAUCAAGAUCGAGUUCUCCAAGGAGCAACAGGAUGACUUCAAGGAGGCCUUCCUCCUCUUUGACAGGACUGGUGAUGCCAAGAUCACCCUCAGCCAGGUUGGCGAUAUCAUCCGGGCGCUGGGGCAGAACCCCACAAACGCAGAGGUCAACAAAAUCCUGGGAAACCCCAGCAAAGAGGAGAUGAAUGCCAAGAAGAUUACUUUUGAGGAGUUCCUGCCCAUGCUGCAAGCAGCUGCCAACAACAAGGACCAGGGCACCUUUGAAGACUUUGUUGAAGGCCUGCGUGUCUUUGACAAGGAAGGCAACGGCACAGUCAUGGGCGCUGAGCUCCGCCACGUGCUGGCUACCCUGGGUGAGAAGAUGACAGAGGAAGAAGUAGACGAACUCAUGAAAGGUCAGGAGGACUCAAAUGGCUGCAUCAACUAUGAGGCAUUUGUAAAGCACAUCCUGUCUGUCUAAGAGGAAUUCCCCAGGUACCACACG